CCGACUCUGUCUCUCUUUGCGUCCUCUUUUGGAAAUACAGAAUAAAACGUAUUUUAAAAAAAUAAAUAGUUAUUAGGGUUUUGAUUGCGUUUUUUAUAAGAAAGAUGAGUGGACUCUGAGCGGACUUUUGAGAGCUCUUUUUCUGUCGCUUUUCUGGUAUGAUGGAGAAGAGGGAGCCGGUGUGUCAGAUUCCGGCGCCGGAGAGUGGCGAGAAGGAACAGUUUCCUGUGGGAAUGCGGGUGUUGGCUGUGGACGACGAUCCGACCUGUCUGAAACUGCUCGAAACCCUUCUUCAGCAAUGCCGUUACAAAGUUACAGUAACCCCUCGAGCAGUUACAGCUCUCAAAAUGUUGAGAGAGAGCAAAGAAAAAUUUGAUAUUGUGAUUAGUGAUGUUCACAUGCCGGACAUGGAUGGUUUCAAGCUCUUGGAGAUCGUGGGUCUUGAAAUGGACCUACCAGUUAUCAUGAUGUCUGCAAAUAGUGAAGUCAGCAAUGUGAUGAAGGGUAUAAAGCAUGGGGCUCGUGACUAUUUGCUGAAGCCCAUUCGGAUCGAAGAGCUCAAGAACAUUUGGCAGCAUGUAAUUAGGAAAACUUUGCUUGAUCCCAAGGAGGGAAAUGAUACUACUGACAAAAACAAAUGCGGAAUGGCUGAUGGGGGCCUGAAGACCAGCAGGAAAUGCAGAAAUCAAAGCAAGGAGAAAGAGAAUGAGGACAACGAACAGUCUGAUGAGGACCCGACUGCUCAAAAGAAGCAGAGGAUUCUUUGGUCUGCGGAGCUACAUUCGCAAUUUAUUUCAGCUGUCGAACACUUGGGCGUAGAGAAGGCAGUUCCGAAGCGGAUUCUUGAUCUUAUGAAUGCCCCAGGUCUUACUCGGGAAAAUGUUGCUAGUCAUCUGCAGAAAUUUAGGAAGGGCCUAACAAAGAACAGUGCUAGAAAGUACCAAAAUAGCACUGCUUCAAACAGAAUUGGCGGGAAUCCUCCGACUACUGCUCUUCUAUCUUUUGACAAGCAAGGUCCCAAUACCGUAAAUUGUCAAGACAGUUUCAGAAUUGAUGGAUAUAGCAAUAAUUCUGAAAAUAUUCAGUUCUGUCAUCUCCGAAAUGUUGGCAACCUUGGCGUUUCUCUUGCAAACUCGCAGUCACUCCUGCUCCUUCAGAACCCACAAGAUGGAUUACUUCAACAGUAUACAGAAGCUCCCGAAGCGGAUCAGCUGUGCCAUGGAAUGCAAAAUCCUGCGCUUGGAGUUGUCUCAUCAGACGGGCUAAAUUAUUGUUCCAUUUCUCCAAGGCCUGAUCGAUUGGAAGCUUUUACGCAGAUUUCCUCUCAUAUUCCCAGUUAUAAUACAUAUAGCCAAGGUGGGAAUUUUGGUCUUUGCUUGCCUGAAUAUGCAUCCAAUGCGCACCACCAUCUAGACAUCUCCUUCGAUGUUGCUGAUUCACCAUGCUCAAUAAUGAGAGACAUCAUUGCAACUGAUCUGGGUGCAAUUGCUUCACUCAGAACAGUUCAAAAUUCGCUUCCAGGACAACACGAGGCACAAAAUGUUAGUGAUUACAAUGAAAGGUUGAAUUUGGAUCCAGGCACUUCAUUGGACAUGCAGGGUUGCAUCAGGGACAACUUUAUGGGAAGUGGCCAGUUGGAGCCGGUCGACAAUUGUCAUCCUCCAAUGGACUUGAGAACAGAGAAUAUCUUUGACCUAAGCGGUAACCGCUUUCCUGAGGACCUUGGUGCUGUGGUGAAGCAGUUUCAUCAACGGCACAAUUUGUAGGCCAUGGGCCAUGACUUUUCAAUGUUUCAGUUGGUUGUGUCCCACAAGCUGACACUACAAAUCACAAAUUGAUGAUGCCCCAAACAGGCAAUGCGAGGAGAAUUAGUCUAUUUAUGGAUAUUUCUUGAGCUGAUUUGUAACGGUGGGGCCCAUCAGCUAUCACAUAUGAUCCAAAGCGUCUGAUUGUCUGUGUAUUUCUAAAUCUACAGUAAAGAAUGCAGUUGUGCGUACCGUGGUUUCAUAGGAGAUCGGAUUCUGUUCUGGUCCAAUCCUCAUGGAUGCUGCCUCUGCGGUCUUGUACCAUAUGUAAUUUUUUCCUAAACUGUAUAUGCAUUCCAUUUUGAGGCUAGUCUGCUUCUAGUUUUAAGCGGAUUGAGAAAAUCUGGACCAUUAAUUUGCCUGAGGAUUUUGUU